UUUAUUUAUUCCUUUUUUUGGCACAGCGUCAUCUCUCUCAAAAUUCCUGUUUGCUCCGCACAGCUCCAAACCCCCAAACAAGUCACAGUCGCAAAACCUCUUUCUCUCGCAUAUUACCACCCCGCCAAAUCUCUCUCUCUUUCUCUCACGCAAAAGCUUUCGUUCGAUAGACCCCCUCGAUUACCUCAUUUUUACGAUCCUUACCCCUACCCGUUCCCUCUGCAACUAUGUUUCUUCCCGAAAUUGCCUUCCAUGACCUCCGUGCAUUGCUCCGCGCUCCGUAGCGAAGUUGAAUCAAUCUCUAUGUAUGAAGCUUUAGGAGGCAUUUGUUGCUCAAUUCUUUUAGAACACUCGGUUCUUUCACUGGAGUAUUUAUAGACAAACAAGUAAUUUGAUUUCUGCACUGGGAAAUUAGGGCUAUUGGUGACAUAAAACAACAUUCUAUUGAUUUCAAGGGAUCAAAUGGAGUUAAAAGUAUCAUCUCCAAAACCAGGGGGCCUUUCUCCUUCUGAUUGUAUUAGUGAUCCUGAGGAAAAGGAAGUCAGUGAUGAUGAUGAUGAUGAUCGAAACCACAAACAUCGUAGACGAGAGACUCGUUCUCAGUCGUUGGAGAGAGAUACUCUUGACCAAGUUAUAGCAAGGCCAUACAGAAAGCGAAAUAAACCUUUUGCAAAUGGGAACUCUUUCAGGGAUAAUGACUCUCAAGCAAGUACAACAUGGAGAAAUUACAAUUCCACUUCUCAAGACUUUUCUGUAAAAUUUGAUAAAAGACGCCCGGGAUUAGCAUCACUGCCUCGAGCACCUUUCGAUUUAAAUCAAAGAAUCCGCGCAAACCAAGGAUUUCCUGGAGACCCUGGUCUUGGUAGGGGAAGAGGAAGAGACUCUGGAUCAUGGGGCCAACGCGAUUCUAGGUUCAACUCGGAUAUUGCUUCUCAAAUCGUUCAGCAGGGAUCCAUUCCUCCAAAUCUUUUUGCUGGACGCGGAUUACCAAGUGUUUCCAGUGCACAGAAUGCAUCCUGGAAUGCAUUUGGAUUGAUUCCAGGAAUACCUAAUGGUGCCAUGGAUACACUACAUUCCAUUGGUUUGCAAGGAACACUCAGACCACCAAUCCAUUCUUCGAUGAAUAUGGGGAUUCCUCGUCAAAGAUGUAGAGAUUUUGAGGAGCGUGGAUUUUGUCUAAGAGGGGAUAUGUGCCCAAUGGAGCAUGGUGUGAAUCGGAUUGUUGUUGAAGAUGUCCAGAGUCUUUCUCAGUUCAAUCUCCCUGUAUCAAGUGCACACCUACUGGGAAAACCCACUGGCCCUGGAUCUCUACCAUCACUCAGUGCAUCUUCAGCUGCAUUGAUGAAUAGCAAAGGCUUACACGGAAAAACAAGCAAGUCUGCUGUCAAUGAUGAUGGUUUGGGCUUGAACGGUCCAUAUUCUGGUCCUGGUUAUCUGGGUGGAGCUGAUUUGUAUGACCCUGAUCAACCCCUGUGGAAUAAUAAUGGUCCUGAAACCUCAAAUGCCCUUCUAGGCCUGCAAUCACCUAGGAAUGAUGAAAUUGAAUCUUUGUCAAAUGAUGAUCCAUCUGAUCGUCAUCAUGCCAGGUUAGAUAUUGCUGAUAAUGAAUGCCCAAUUAGAAGCGUUGGGACAGCUGCCAAUUCACAGAGUACAAGUGUGUCCGUGUGGGGUAGAAUUGGCAGUUCAAAAAGUAAAUUAGAUGUGAAGGAGAAAAUUGAACCUACAAAUAAUUCUUCAGAUUAUAUUGAGAGUGAAACUAAGGAAGGUAAGGAGGCAUUAGUCAGCAUUCAAAAUCCACCACGUCAAGGGAAGCGUAUCAUGGCAGAAGAUGGCCCAAAAGCCAUGGAUUCAUCACCCAAGACACAUUUUGAUCCUACACGUAACAUUCGGAAACCAUCUCAAAAAGCAUUGCGUACUCUAUUUGUCAAUGGCAUUCCCCAGAAGAGCAACAAAAGGGAGGCUCUUCUUUCUCAUUUCCAAAAGUUUGGAGAGGUCAUUGACAUUUAUAUUCCAUUGAAUAGUGAACGAGCUUUUGUCCAGUUUUCAAGGAGGGAAGAGGCUGAAGCUGCUUUAAAGGCGCCUGAUGCUGUAAUGGGUAACCGCUUUAUCAAGUUGUGGUGGGCUAAUCGUGAUAGCAUUCCUGAUGAUGGCACAGGCACUGCCAGUAAUUUUCCUGGUUCAAUUCCACCCCAUCCAACAGUUACUAGUAUAAGCAAAGAUAAUCUUCAAUCUGCUGCUCCAAAGAGUAGUAUUGUCCAUACAUCUGAUGCUUUUCUACCUUCCGCUGAUAACUCCAAGCCUGUCAUCUCAAAUGGUCCCAAGGCCCCACCUCUGCAGAAAAAGCUAGAGAACUUAGAACAGUUAAAGGAGGAACUUCGCAAGAAACAGGAAAUGCUGGACCAGAAACGAAAUGACUUUCGUCGCAAAUUGGACAAACUUGAGAAACAAGCUACUGGACCCAAGGGUGAGGCAGACAUAGAGCAAGCUGCUAAGAGACCCAAAGUGGGAAUAACAGCUGAUGUUGGUAAAGUUGCUAAUCCAAAGUCCUCAAAUCCGACUCCUAUGGAAGAACUGCAUGCUGAGAUGACUGAUAAAAACAAAUGUGUAGAGAAUGUUGUUUCCUGUAGUCCAAAAAACAGUACAACUAUGGUGCUGCAGCAAUCCACUAGCUUGAAGCAGCUGAGUAUUCGUCCAUUGGGAUCAAUAGGGACUCCUUCUCCAGUGAAUAGAUACAAAUUAGACAAUCGUCCCACUGCAUUUAGAAUUCUUCCUCCUUUACCCGCUGGAUUCGCAAAUGUUGCUAUUAUGAAGGAACACUUUUCACCCUAUGGCGAUCUUUCUAAUGCGGAGUUGGAAGAUCUGGAAUCCCGUGAUUGUGGUAGUGAGUUGGAGGCAUCAAAAGAUUGCUCAGCUUGUAUAACUUUCACGACACGCCGUUCAGCGGAGAGGGCAUUUCUCAAUGGUAAAUGCUGGGAAGGACACGAUUUAAAAUUUAUGUGGCUGACAUCUAGCAUUUCCAGCAAUGACCGUAGUGGCAGAGAAAAUUCUCCAUCCACCACCACCACCCCCAAGGGGCCAUUAAUAGCUGAUGUUGAGCCUGCAGAUAAAGUAACAGACAGUGGUUCACAGGAAGCUGCUGCUGCAUCAGGAAAUGGAGAACCUGAACAUUCCGAAAGACAAGGUAGUGUUGAGCACAUGGAACCGGGUGAGUAUUCCCAGUCUAGUCCGAGGUCAACAUCUGCUGAGAAAGAGUCAUCUAAAGGUGAAGCACUGUAAUUUACACAUGGGCUAAUUUUCAGAUUUGUACAGUCAGGUAAAUGUUAAAUCUGAGAAACUCUAAUUUUCCAGGAAACCUUCUUUAGCAAUUGCUUAAAUUUUUAUUUUUCCAGUGUUUCUUAUUUGUAUGCAUGGGAUUUGUAAAAAGGGAAUUUCCUAUUUUUGACUUUACCUGAGGAUAGUUGAGUGGUGUACCAUGUUGUCUUUCUGCUUAUAGAUUUGUCUAGGACCAAAUCAUUAAAGUUGAAAAUUCUGUUGAAACAUUUAAACGGUUACAUAGAAGAAAA